AUGUGACAUAAUGAAACUCCUAUGACAUCAGUUACAUUAGCUUUGUUUAACUCCUCAGUUCUUUUCUCUCAUAACAAAUCAAUCAUACUCCUAUAAUGAUAUAUUUAAUUUAACAUGAUAUAUUACCAGAUUUAUGCUAUCAAAAAUAGCAAAAAAUAUAUGGAAACAAUGACAGCAAGCUCUGUUUUUCUAUCAAUAGUAAGUAUUCUAGUAGUGACUCUGUUAAUUAAGGUGCUGAAUUGGGUAUGGUUGAGGCCCAAGAAACUAGAGAGAUUACUUAGACAGCAAGGUUUCUCUGGUACUUCUUACAAAUUUUUGUUUGGAGACCUCCAAAACUUCGUUGCGAAGCACAAUGAGGCCUUAAAAACCCCCAUGGAUAGCUUCUCUGAUGAUUAUUUCCCGCGCGUGGAGCCUUUCCGCCACCAGCUUGCCUCCAAAUUUGGAAAGGACUUCUUCCUCUGGUUUGGCCCUGUACCUAUCAUACAAAUCUCAAAGCCACAAUUGAUUCGAGAGGCGCUGACAAAAACGCAGGACAUAAGAAAGCUGAAGGUAAACCCAAUUAUUGGAAAGCUAUUUCCAGGGGUUAUUGGCCAUGAAGGAGAAAAAUGGGCCAAACAUAGGAAGUUGAUCAACCCUGCUUUCCAUUUGGAAAGGUUGAAGCUCAUGUUGCCAGUAUUUCGUGAUAGUUGUGAAGAGAUACUCAGCAAAUGGGAGAUGUUAGUAGCUGAAAGGGGUUCGGGUGAGCUAGAUGUGUUUCCGGAUUUGAUGCAACUCAGUGCUGAUGUGAUCUCUAGAGCAGCAUUUGGUAGUAGCUAUGAGGAAGGACAAAAGAUAUUCGAACUUUUAAAGGAGCAAACUGAUUUAGGUCUUCUUAUGCAACAAUCAGUUUAUUUUCCAGGGAAGAGAUUUAUUCCAACAACGGAAAAUAGGAGAUUUAAAAUGAUAGAAGACCAUAUACAAAGUUCAUUGCGUGAAAUUAUCAACAAGAGGAAAGAGGAAAUUGAUGCCGGAAAAGCAGUUAAGGCUGACCUAUUGGGUAUACUCAUGGAUUCCAAUUCAAAAGAAGUACAAACUGUUGGCAGUAACAAGAAGCGGCGAGUUGGGAUGACCCUUGCAGAGGUAGCUGAUGAGUGUAAACUAUUCUAUUUGGCUGGACAAGAAACUACAUCUAUCCUAAUAGUUUGGACAUUGAUAAUGUUGAGCAAGCAUCAAGAUUGGCAAAAACGAGCACGAGAAGAAGUCUUGCAAACACAUGGCAGUAACGUGCCUGACUUCGAGGGUUUAAACCAUUUGAAGACAAUGACCAUGAUAUUGUAUGAGGUACUCAGACUCUAUCCACCAGUAAUGCAGUUGUUUAGACGGAUUCAUAAGGAUACAAAUCUGGGUUCAUUAUCAAUUCCUUCAGGUGUAGAACUAACUUUCUUCCUAAGUACUAUUCACCGGGAUAAGGAAAUUUGGGGUGAUGAUGCAGAAGAAUUCAAACCAGACAGGUUUGCUGAAGGGAUUUCCAAGGCAACGAAAGGGAAUAACUCAUUUUUUCCCUUUGGUUGGGGACCAAGAAUAUGCGUAGGGGGAAAAUUUGCAAUAACUGAAGCAAAAAUGGCAUUAUGCAUGAUUCUACAACGAUUUUCCUUUGAGCUAUCACCAUCCUACAUUCAUGCGCCCAGGACUAGAAUAUUUCUAGGACCUCAACAUGGUGCUUGUAUAAUCUUAAACAAGCUUUGAUGGUAUUGCAUGGUGAUUGUAUAAUCUUAGACAAGCUUUGUUGGUAUUGCAAUCACAACUUUCAUAUGCAUGCUUACUUGCUUAGUAAGAACAGUUGACUAGAUUUAUGUGGUAUACGGGUAAAACAAAUGAUCAUUCAAAUUGUUUUUCCUACUAUCUUAGACAAAUUUUCCUCUUCUUUGUACUUGGAUGAGUUUUUUCUGAAAUUAUAAACUCUGCAUUUUCUUUAAACCAGAAAGUCACGGGACAUCCACUUCAG